AUGAAAGAAGCAUUUAUCGACAAACACCUUUCGGUGACCAUCCGCGACACCGAAAUCCCCGUUCCCGAAGCCGGUCAGGUUCUAAUCCGCGUGGUCGUGUCGGGAUCUAAUCCGAAAGACUGGAAAAUGGCUCUUAGCUGGCCCCCGGAUGGCGCGCUCUUUAACCAGGGUGACGAUAUUGCCGGACAUAUCGAGGCCGUAGGCGAUGGCGUCCUAGGAUUUCACAAAGGGGAUAAGGUUGCCGCAUUUCACCAGGUGAUGAAACCACAUGGAAGCUGGGCAGAAUAUGCGAUCGCCCCUAGUGGUUCGACUUUUCAUAUCCCUGAAAAAACAUCCUUCGAAGAGGCGUCAACAAUCCCACUGGCUGCAAUGACUGCGGCUGUCGGAAUGUUCCAGCGAUCAAACUUGCCUCUCCCCUGGAAGCCUACAAGCGAGCCACUUCCCUAUGUAAUUUACGGUGGAGCGACUGCGGUCGGAGCUUUCACCAUCAAAUUCGCUCAACUAUCCAACAUUCACCCGUUGAUCGUCGUCGCGGGCAGAGGCAGCGCAUUUGUCGAGACUUUGAUUGACCGCAAGAAAGGCGAUACAAUCAUCGAUUACCGCCAAGGCGAUGAUAUUAUAAGAGAAAAGAUCAAGGCUGCGGCGGGCGAAAGACCUAUUCAUCACGCGCUCGAUGCAGUGUCGGAGAAAGACAGCUGGUUGAAUAUUGGCCCUGCCAUGACCGCACCCGGGCAUCUCACUCUUAUGAUGCCUGGUAUCCAUUAUCAGCCCGAGGGAAUUUCAGUCACUCACGCGAUUGUUGGGUACAUUCACUUCCCACCAUCCCCAGGGAAGACAAUUGAAGAUACGGAGUUUGCAGCUGCUUUCUAUCAGCUCAUGGGCCGGGGUUUAGCACAGGGAUGGUUCUCAGGCCAUCCGUAUGAAGUACGUCCUGGCGGAUUGGCUGGGCUUCAGGGAGCAAUGCUGGAUUUGCAGGCUGGAAAGGCAUCUGCAGUCAAGUAUGUAGUGCGAAUUGGUGAGACUGAUGGGGUGGAGCAAUAG